AUGGAACGCUGGACUCCAGAAUUUUCAUCCUCUUCUAUGAAAGGCCUAUCAUCUCCAAUUUGGAUCAGAAUGCCGCAUUUGCCGCUCCAGUCCUGGGAUGAAUAUAACAUCGCCAGAAUUGCUUCGAGAGUUGGAACACCGCUGAUGCUUGAUGGAAACCUCUUUCACUGGGGAAGAAGAGAGUUCACCAGAGUUUGCGUCCGUAUCAAUCUUGAUCAGAAGCUGCCGGUUGGAGUAUGGGUGGAUAGUAUGGGAGGAAGAUUUUUCCAAAAACUUGAGUAUGAAAGAAUAUCAAGUCUGUGUUUCGAUUGCGGAAAAAUCGGACAUGAAAAAGGUGAAUGUAAGUCACAAAAUGAUGGAGAAUUUAUUAGUUCCCAUGAAGAAAUCCCGGUUAACUCAAUGAAGACGAAGACAAUGGAAGACAGCUGUAAUUAUGGCCCAUGGAUCUUGGUUAAUAAUGAGAGGAAGAAAGGGAAUGGAGCUAGUGUUAAAGAGGCAACAAGGAGAAUGGCUGAUGGUAACAAGCCCCAGAGGAAUACUUGGAAAACUAAGACUAAGCUUGGAAAAAUGGAGAUCACAGAUCAGCAGAACAAAAAGAUGUCUGAGCUUUUGAAAAGAAAUGAUAUCAAAGAAAUUGAAGAAGGAGAAAUUGUUACAGAAAAGGCGAAGGGAUUAGAUCUGGAAUGCUACGAAUCUGAUGUGAUUUUAAUUGAUCACUCAGUAGGCAAUAAAGAUGAAAUUCCACAGAAGACUUAUGAAGAAAUAACAGAGCAGGGAAUUGUGACAACCAGUAACCCAUUCGAGAUUUUAGAAGAUGAAGUGGCAGAAAAUCAGAUGAACAUUGUGUCUGAUGAGAUGGAGGAACAAUAG